UAGCGGUACGGCGACAGCGCGCGUUGCCUUCACAACCAAGAUGGCUGCCGGCGAGGAGAGAAGGGUAGUCUCGGGAUCACCGUCAGUGGCCGUCACCGAUAAUGAAUGAGAGUAGCCGCCGUGGGCGUUUAUGUAGUUGGCUGUAGUCUGGCGAAGGGCGCGGGGCUCGGCGCCCCCUGGAGCGGUGAUCAGUCAUGAUGGAAGACAAAUGUCCACGUGUUGCUGACUAUUUUGUGGUGGCAGGCAUGACAAGUGCAUCAAAGCCACUUGAAGAGGAAAUACAUUUUAAUGACAACUGCCAUAAAGUAGCUAAACCGAAAACACCAAUUACAGAUGUCGCUGUCAUUGUGAAAUCACUGGGAGAAGAAGUUCCCCAAGGGUAUACAUGUGUGGAAACUACUCAAACUGGAUUAUCAGCUGAUCUCAAUAAUGGAAGCUUGAUGGCUCCUCAGAUUUUUCUCUGCUACAAAAGAGGUAGAGAUAAACCACCACUGACUGAUCUAGGCGUUUUGUACGAAUGGAAGGAGAGACUGAAGCACGGAUGCCAAAUCAUUCAAACCACACCUUAUGGCCGACCUGCUAACAUCAGUGGUGGCACCUCAUCUCAGCGAAUCUACAUAACAUAUCGGCGAGCACCAGAAAACUUUGCCCAGAAUUCCCUGUCUGUUACUGAUAUCUGUAUAAUUAUUCCAAGUAAGGGCGAGACCCCACCACACACUUUCUGCAGGGUGGACAAAAACGUCAACAGCAGCAUGUGGGGAUCAGCUGUAUAUCUGUGCUACAAGAAGUCUUUGGCCAAGACCAACACUAUAGCUUACAAAGCUGGUUUGAUAUGUAGAUAUCCAGAAGAAGAUUAUGAAUCCUUUCCUUUGCCUGCAUCAGUACCUCUCUUUUGCCUGCCGAUGGGGGCAACCAUCGAAUGUUGGCCUAGUAACACCAAGUAUCCGCUCCCUGUUUUCUCUACGUUUGUGCUUACGGCAGCUUCUGCAGAGAAGGUUUAUGGUGCAGCCAUUCAGUUCUAUGAGCCUCUUCCUCAAGAGAACUUAACAGAUAAACAGCGAUCACAAUUGGGGCUGGUCAGUGCAGCUGACCGAAAACCUAUCCUCUCAAAGACUGUUCACACUAGCAAGUGUAUUUGUCUUCUGUCACACUGGCCAUUCUUCGAAGCUUUUCGAAAAUUUCUUACAUUUUUAUACCGCUAUUCAAUCUCUGGACCUCAUGCACUACCUAUUGAAAAACAUAUCUGCCACUUUAUGCACAAAGUUCCAUUUCCUUCUCCUCAAAGACCGAGGAUUCUUGUGCAGCUAUCGCCUCAUGACCACUUAAUGCUCUGCCAGCCUGUUUCCUCACCACUUCCAUUGAGUGGUGGUAGUUUUGCCACUUUGCUACAGAACCUGGGCCCCGAGAAGGCAAUAACUCUGCUGCUGUAUGCAGUGACUGAACACAAAAUUCUUAUUCACUCCCUUCGCCCAGCUGUGCUGACCAGUGUGGCUGAAGCACUUGUUUCUAUGAUAUUUCCAUUCCAUUGGCCGUGUCCGUAUAUUCCUCUGUGCCCUUUGGCUCUGGCAGAUGUCCUUAGUGCCCCUUGCCCCUUCAUUGUAGGGGUUGACUCCCGCUACUUUGACCUAUAUGAUCCUCCAAGUGAUGUAAGCUGCGUGGACCUAGACACUAACACCAUCUCUCAAACUGAUGACAGGAAAAGCCUUACGUGGAAAGUACUUCCAAAGAAAGCCUGUAAAAAUCUGAUCAACUCUUUAAACAACAUUUAUGAACAGCUGGCUGAGAUGCAUCAAAGACCAAGAGAGGAAGCUUUAAUGGAAUUAACAAUGAAUGAUCAUGAUUUAAACUCUGGUAAAAAGAUGCAGGUGUUCGAACUGGAAAUACAAGAAGCUUUUCUUCGCUUCAUGGCUUCCAUUUUGAAGGGUUACAGAACAUACCUCCGACCUAUCACAGAGGCUCCUUCUGAGAAAACAACAGACGCUAGCUCACUGUUUGAUCUUCAAGGUUUUCUGAGAAGCAGAGAUCGUUCCCACCAGAAGUUUUACUCAUUGAUGACAAAAACACAGAUGUUUAUUCGUUUCAUCGAAGAAUGCUCCUUCGUGAGUGACAAGGAUGCAAGUUUGGCUUUCUUUGAUGAUUGUGUAGACAAAUUGGAUGCAGAGCGCAUAGAGGACUUGCGCCUCAUAGAAUUGGAUGAGUCUCACAAAAGUGAGCACACAGUUUUCAUCACGCCACCUGAGCUUCCAAGUCUUCCUAAUGAAGAAGAGUAUCCGCUUCAGUACAGCUACAUCGGCUUCCCUGUGCUAUCACCACAACUGUUUGAUAGACCCGUGAGUUUACUAAAGACACCAGCCAGCAGGUUAACUUCAAAGAAUAGUUGUCCCAACAGUCCAGCACCAAUGGGUAGAAGAACCAAGCAGGAGAUAAAGUCAGCCCAAAAAAUGGCAAAACGUUAUUCAUCAGUUCCUCAGAUGUGGUCAAAGUGCCUCCUACGUCACUGCUAUGGGCUCUGGUUUAUUUGCCUUCCUGCUUAUGUGAAGGUAUGCCAUUCAAAGGUCAGGGCCCUUCGGACGGCUUACGACGUACUGAGAAAGAUGCAGGUCAAGAAAUUGGAUCCACCCGAUGAGGUCUGUUACCGUGUCCUGAUGCAGUUAUGCGGCCAGUACGGACAGCCAGUAUUAGCUGUCAGAGUCCUGUUUGAGAUGAAGAAAGCUGGUGUUCACCCAAACGCUAUUACAUAUGGUUACUAUAAUAAGGCAGUUUUAGAAAGUACUUGGCCAUCAAGCAAUAGAGGUGGAUACUUCCUGUGGAUGAAGCUGAGGAAUGUUGUACUUGCAAUAGCUCAAUUCCGCAGAGCUUUGAAAAAGACUCCAACAAACCCACUACAGGCACAGGUGCUGUCAGAUGGCAGUGAUCUGGAUGCUGUUAGCCACGGCAGCAUGGAUAGCUCUACUGAAACUAACACUGUGGAGCAGUCCCAGUUCAGCUCGGAGCAAAUGAAAGUAGAUUCCACUGAUGAUAGAUCUAGUACAGCUCGGCUUGGCUCUAGCUCCAGCUAUGGGUAUGGCAGUCAGGAGUCCUUGAAUGAAAGGCUUCCUAGUCUUUCUCUCUGGAUUUCCUCAGAACUGGCGGAUAUCCACAUGUUUUCAGGUGGACAGUCAGAUCUAGGAUACAACUCAUUAUCGAAGGAUGAGGUGAGACGGAGUGAAGUGCCUUCAGCCCUUGGCUCGGAGCAGUCUGCUGUGUGUCAGCCGGUGGACAAGGAUGACAAGAAAGAGAGCGACUCCAGUUCAUUAUCUGAGUGUGAAAGUGCAAAGGGCAGUGGAGAUUGUCUGCCCCAUUUGGAAUUUCAAGGAAGCAGUAGCAAAUUGAAAUCGGUCUCCAGCAUCGUGAAGAUGAAUUGCAACUUGGAGGCUGCUCAGCCAAAUCCUAAUGCUGAGGAAAACAAUGGUAACGUAGCAGGCAUGCUGUUUACCAGCUCCUUCGAUAAAGCCAGUUAUCUUGAACCCGGACUAGUGCAGAGCAACAGUUUACGCAAGCGGCACAAAAGUGCCGUGGAGCCUGGCCUACAGGAGCAAAUGAUGUGGGGAGGAAGGAACCGUAACCUCAGUGGUGACAUUUACGCAGGGCUGAUGGUACACAGAGGGAGAGUGUCCAGUGACCCCCGGGAAAUGGCAGACAAACUGGGCGCUGACGCCAAAAUCCUGUCAACCGCUUUACAAUUGGCUACCAGACCGAACACGUUACAGAUUGGCAAACACAAGCAUGUACUCAAACAGGCAAGCUUAAGCCAAGAGAAGGAACUGAGUGAUGAAGAUACCCCAUUCGAAUCAGAUGAAACAUCAGUUAAUACAGAGGAUAAAACAGACUCUCCUGCCAUCUUUGAUUUGGAAGAUUUGGACAGUGAGCCUGAUAAUACAAAGUCUGGUGGAAAACCACAUCAGGACCUGAGGCAGCCACCUAAGGAGUUGCAGAGGAGUCAAAGUGCAGCAGCAGGGGUCAAGCUGGCAGAAAGAAAGGGAGUUCAAAGAGGCUACGACCCCCUUUCUCUUCUGGCUGCAGAAACUGAUCAAGAGAAGGAAGAUGAUGAAGAUGAAGACGACGAUAAAUGUGUCUUCACUCCUUCAGCCCGUCGGAACUUGGCUGAAGAAAUAGAGAUGUACAUGGACUCCAUGAACAGCCCCUUGUCUAGCCGUGCACCGAGCAUGGAUUUCUCAAAGCCAGAGGAAGAGAGCAGUGCAUCAAUUAACACCAGGGUGCUGCCUGCCAUGAAAGGAUCAAGGCGAUGUAGCCUCCCAUCAAGCUCACCCAGAUCAGCGGGGCUCUCUCGCUCCAGAACGUUUCAACCACAAACAAAUGUCCGGCGAAGAGACAGACUUUGGUCCUCCCCAUCGUAUUCUCCAAGUAGCACCAGGAGGGUGGGGGCUCAGGAGACUGGUAGAGCCUUGACCCUCAUGUCACCACCUCCUUUUAAAUUAGACUCUUUAUUGCCACCCACCUUUGAUGUGCUGAAACACAGCAUGUUCUCAGCAGGGAAGGGAGUGGCAGAAAAGGCAAGCAAGUGGUACACUAAGUUAGCAACAUACGCUGUACCUAUCAAAGAAAACGGCAAGAGAUAUUAUAUAGAGGGAAACAGCACCUCCUCACCUGGAGUGCAGGAUCCUGAAGUAUCAUCUUUAGAUGAUGAGGCAUAUGAAGAUUCAGACAGAUUACCUUACUCCCAAGCUGGGAGCAUGCCUACAGGGGAGACCAGAGGAUGGAGUGUGAAACAGCCUAGUGUAGACAGCUCUGGGACUCAUGAGGGGACCCCCAGACAACAAUUACAAGUUGGUAGUGCUCAGUCAACUGGUUCGAACUUCCCUUUGCCAGACAAGUCAGAUGUUGGAUCUUCCCGAUACACAAGCAGCACCAGCAUCUUCCAGAACUAUGCCAUGGAGAUUCUGAUCUCCAGUUGUUCUCGGUGUCGAACCUGUGACUCGUUGGUGUAUGAUGAAGAAAUCAUGGCUGGCUGGACAGCAGACGACUCCAACCUGAACACAACAUGUCCAUUCUGUGGCAACUUGUUCCUUCCUUUCUUGGGGAUUGAAAUCAAAGACCUGCGAGGGCCUGGCAGGUACUUUCUGAAAUCCAGUGCAUCUGCAGAAAGUAUACAGAAUUUGCAGUCCGUACAAUCUUGCCGAGGAAUUAAGAACUUUACAGUCUCUCCGUCUAGUCUGGGUGGGAGCGAUGUCAACAAGCCUCACUCUCCAAGAAUUAUGGUGCAGGAAGUUCCAGACAUGCAAUGUGGUGUGCAGCUACCUUCAGCAAGGUGCAUUCAGAUUCCUUCUGAUCGAUGGCACGGGAUCAGUGAGUCCUUCCCCUUGGACCAGCCGAUAGCCAGAAGCGUCAGUGGGUGCGGCGGUGUGCCUGACGAGCCUGAUACACGGCGACAUAUCCCCACCAUUCCAACAGGCAGCCUGCCCACUCACUUGAGUCACUCAGCGGAUCCAUUGGGCUUGGAGUGGCCACUAAGCCAUCCUGAGCCCAUAACAGUGCCGUAUCUGAGCCCCUUGGUGUUGUGGAAGGAACUGGAGAGUUUGCUUGAGAAUGAAGGGGACCAAGUGAUAUCCAUGGCAACGUUUGUGGAUCACCAUCCCAUAGUAUUCUGGAACUUGGUGUGGUACUUCCGUCGCAUUGAUCUGCCCACCAACUUGCCGGGACUUGUACUCACUUCAGAACACUGCAACAAAGGUGUGACGAUCCCUCGAAGCUGGAUGUCAGAAGACAGCAAACAUGUCCUGGUUCAAAUGCUGUGGGACAAUCUGAAAUUGCAUCAGGAUCACAGCCAGCCUUUCUACAUCCUCUGGAACGCUAAGAGUCUUAAUUACACUCUUUUAUUCGAGACUAAGAAACAUCCUCUUGUUCACACUGUGUGGGACAAAAGCCAUGUAUUUAACAAGGAUUUUCUGGAUGGCAUCGUUACGAGCAUCCAGAUGAACAACAUCUACAAACCAAUGAGCAAGAUUCUGGAUGUGUUGAGCACACAGCCAAAUCUCAAACGGCAAAGGAGUCUAUACAGGGAAAUUCUGUUCCUGUCGCUUGUGGCUCUUGGGAAGGACAACAUCGAUAUAGAUGCAUUUGACCGAGAGUAUAAGAUGGCGUAUGAUCAGCUGUCUCCUAUCCAGGUGAAGCUGACCCAUAACUGUGACCGACCUCCCAGCUCUGGCGUCAUGGAGUGUCGCAGGAUCUUUGGCGAACCCUACCUCUAGGAGUCCUGCUGAAUUUAUCCUAAGUUCAGGCUCACAUCAGUCUGUCUGCACCCACCGCAUUGCCCAUAGGGCAGUGAAGAGAGUCUAAGUUUAACAUUGCUAAAUUAUGAUGGUUUCUGUGUAAUUUUAAGACUAGAAUUGUACAGGGAAUAAGGUCAAAUAGAAAGCUUUGUAAAUAUAAUUAAAGGUACUUUAAAUAGCUUUAUAUUAUAGUGCUAUUGAUCACGUUAACAAAAAAAAAGGAUUGCAUUGAUGCUGGAGGGCUCAGCUCUCAAAAGUAAACUGCUACCAUGUACAUAAUAGUCCUAGCUCCUGCACCUCAUCAAGUCUGUCAUCCAUAUGUUUUUUUUUAGCAAUUCUUUUGGUCUGAAUUGUAAAAAUGUUCAUAAAAGACAAAUGUGCAGCAGAGGCACUUUGUGGAAAAGUGACAUGUCUUCACAUUAAAACAAAAAGUACUUUUCAGUAUUUGUAUAUUUAAAUAACAAGGUCUUUUGAUGCUAUCAAUCUUUAUAUACACUUAUAUGACGUAGCUUUAAAAUAUGCUUGAUUAUAUAUUAUAUAAUGUGGUGCAAUAUGUUCCUUUUAGAAUUUGCUUUGCAGUUUUUGAGGUACUAGCCAUCUCAGAGAAAUCACAUUCAGCCUUCUGAAUUCCAAUCUGGAAAGGAACAGACGAGGCAACAGUGCAAGAAGGACUUUGUGGCUCUUUUACUGACGGGUUGGAGUAACUUGCUGUCUAAACAGAUACUGAAGGAUCAGAGCAACUUGCUGCCUGUUUAAACAAUAUUUGUUGGGACUUUGAGAUCAAAGCUAACAUGCAACCUCUCUUUUUAUGUUGAAAGUCAGUUUCCUAUGGGAAAAUUACUGUAUUUAUUAGCUUAUUAAAUAACACUUUUUAAUUAUUAUUAUUAUUGGAUUUGUGAAUAUGAAGAUCCACAAAAUAUUGAUGUCUAAUAGAAUAUUUUUAUGCUGCAAAUAUUCUUGUCUAACUGCAGUGCUUUAUUAUACAAUCUGGGGUUUCUACAUUUCAUUUCAGCCUGAGAGGCCGUAGGCCACAAUACAACCCUGUCGUUCUGUAAGUAGAUGACUUCCAUAGAAAAAGUCUUCUAAGCCUGUCCCUUUGAAAAUUAAAUUUGA